GUCUCCGGGCUGCUGCGGACGCGGGGCUGCGUCAGCGAGCAGCAGCUGCAGGUCUUCAGCGGAGCGCUGCGGGAGGCGCUCGCAGAGCACUACAAACACCACUGGUUUCCUGAGAAGCCGUUCAAAGGCUCUGGGUACCGCUGCAUCCGGAUCAAUCACAAAAUGGACCCCAUUAUCAGCAAGGCAGCUAGCCAGAUCGGACUCAGCCUCCCGCAGCUCUACCAGCUCCUCCCCAGCGAGCUCACACUCUGGGUGGACCCCUAUGAGGUCUCGUACCGCAUUGGUGAGGACGGCUCCAUCUGUGUCUUGUAUGAAGCGACAGCAGCCAAGCCUGUGAGCUCCUAUGGGAUGCUUACCUGUAAGAACCAGAUGAUGUUAGGUCGCACUAGCCCUUCGAAGAACUACAUCAUGACUGUCUCCAGCUAAAUACUCCUCUUGUCCUUACACUGCCAAGACAUGGGCUACUGUAUACCUCACCCGAGGAUCUAUUUUUAAAAUGAAGAGCUAUUUAUAUUUUUUAAGAAAAUCCAGGAAAAAUUAAAAUAUCGGGCACUGCUUCAGACAGAAGCAGUGUUUUUAGGUGCCUUUUCUUAAAAGCUGUUGCAGGCUUGAGGUUUUUAUUAUGAAGCUGAUAUCUACCUAAUUAGUGUUGGAUGGCAAUUUUGGUGAGCUGGCUUGCUCACUGGGCAGCUUGGAAUGAAGGAAGAGGGGGAGGAGGCCAGCUGGGAAGUGUGGCUGGUGACAGGACCUGAGUGUCACCUCCUUUCCAUCCUGGUACCCAGCAGUACUGCGGUGUCACCAAGCAUUGCAGCCCUGUUAAGGAAGGGAUGAGCGAGUUACUGCAUUUCCUUCACUAACUCAUGGCCAAGCUGGUCUGACCUCUCUGGGGAUGGUGUUUGGUAACCCCAAGGGCUGGGUGGUGCUGGGAACCGUGGGAUUCCUGUGCAGUGGAGGUUCCCAAUACUGUAUAUACUGUGGUGGCACCCAGUGCUAUUUGUUCCUGGUGCUGCCCAGCACCUGGCUGUCACCACAGCUUGCUGCUCGCUGGGGGGGCUGCUGCAGGCCCUGACCAGCACUGAGCUGUGAGGCCUUCCUCCUCCAGCGGGUUCAGACAUCAGCCCAUGCCCUGCAGCUGCGUCCCCUCUUGUGUGUAAAAGUUGCCUAAUCCAAUGCUGAUACUGCUCUACAUCACUUCUCUGGAAGAGCUGAAGCAACUCGCCUUGUGCCCUAGAAGUUGGUGUGUAAGUUCCCCUCUUGCCCUCUCUCUUUAAAUCUAAAAGUAUUGGGAGAUUCUUCCCCUGCACUUGUGGCUGCCUGGGGUUGGUGUCCAUGUUGCUUUUAAAUUCACAUCUUUUCCUCCCUUCCUUCCUCCCCUGGGUGCUCAGCAAGUGGCUGAGCCUUGGAGCUGUCCCAGCUGAGACCUCAAAGGGGCAGUGUCUGGUUCUGGCUUCUUGGUACCUGUUUUGCACAAUGUCCAGCCCCUUCACCUCCUGAAGCAGAGCUCCUCACUGUCCCGCUGGUACUUUGUGUUCAGGGUUUGGUUCCCUCCCCACCCGCAGAAGCCAGAGGGCUGAAAAUGCUGCCCCAAACACUGCCUGUUGGGGAAUGAGCCUUCACCAGCAUGAGAUCCAUUGCCUUUCUUGGAACCAGCUGGUGCUCCUCUAGUGAUCCCAGUAGAAGUGAUGGGGAAAUUCAGGGUAUUGAUGUGGCCUGUUCUAAUGAAACUUCCUCAGAUCUGUUUUGCAGAACACUUUUAUUUUAACCUUCCUCCUUCCUGAGCUAGCAGCUGACUGGCAUCCCGCAGCUGCUCUUUCCCAGCCUUGGGUUCAAGUUCUCAGACAAUUGUGCAAUAUAUUUCAAAACCAUGGAUGCUCUGGGAGAGGAAGGAAGCCUCCUGCUGCUUGGCUUUUUUCUCAAUACAUGAAAACAGAGAAGUGCAGCUCCCCAACUUUGACUACUACUUACAUGGGAAAACUUACAGAUUCCUGUAGCAGUUUCAAAUCAUGAUUUCCUGAACUGGAAAACCAGCGUUUUGAUUAAAUGUUGUUACUUUGUCCUUGAGCAGUAUGAGGCGGUGGCUCUGGAGUUGCAUCACUUCAGUUCCUCACAGCAGUGAAGCAGAAGCUGAACUGAAGCGCUGGGACUUUUCCCCUGGUGCAAUAGGUGACAUCAUCAAGAGGGGAGCACUUGGGAACUUCCAAAAAACAAGUUCCCUUUUCAGAGGAGAAAGCAUCAGGGUGCUCUCUGGAGUCCUUGCUUCAAAUCUGCUUGUGUGGGAACUGCAGUGUGCUCAGGAUAAAUGCUGUUUGCUUUGGUCCUUGUGGCUGGGUGUGGGCUUCCCUGGGCUUUAAUGUCUGCCUCCCUGUUACUGUUCCCUCCUUCUUAGCAGAAAAGAACUUCAGAGGAACAGCCCACACCAAAGGAACAUGCUAUUGUUGCACUUAAACUGUGCUCCUGCUUCUAACACAAAAGCAGCCACGUCCCAUUCCUUGUCCCUGGCGUGGAGGAGCCUCACCUUCAAGUGUCUUGUUAGCUUCAAGCCCAGUGAAAUUCAGGUGCAACCCCUUCCUCUUGUAGCUGGUUCCUUGUAAAAGCUGUGAAUUACUGUGCUGUUGCCUUCUUGCCUACAAGCCUGAAUGGUGUGUUUUCAGAAGGUGUUUGGGAGCUGGGGGGGUUUCUCUCACUGUUUAAACAAAGCUGGACUGUUGACCGGGACCUGCUUUUUUUUAUUGGGUGGAUGUGGUGGGAAGUUUGUAAGCUACCAUGGAGGAAGAAAUGGAUGGUUACUAAUUGUACAGUAGUGUUUUUAUAUACAGAGUGUACAGAUUGUUAUGCUUUUGUUACUUUAAUAAAAACGUAGCAGCGUU